AUGUCACGAGGAGAUUCUGGAUAUAUGAGUCAAUAUAGUUCAAUAUAUAGUUCAAAAUCUGAUGAUAGUUAUGAUAAUUUUGGUUUUGGUGAACUUCAAAGUUCAAUAGAUAAUUAUAAUUAUUUGCAUCGUGAUCCAACAUCAAAUCAAAUACAAUCAGAGUAUCAAAUUCCUAGAGUAUCGUCUCUCUAUGAAAAUCAGAAUGGGCAAGCCUCAUCAGGAUUUAUGGGAAAAUUUGAUGCAUCUCAGGGUUCAAAUCUACGAAAAUAUCCACCACCUAAUACCAUGCUUAAUACUAAGGUGCCCCAAAUAACUAAUGCUCCGGUUUCUCCAAGACCUUCACCCUCACAACAUCCGUCGUCUCCUAAUCCUUCAUUACGGUUACAGCACACCCAUCAACAACAAAACAAUUACAAUUCAAAUAAUUCAAAUGUAAAUUCGAACACUUAUUCUCCACGACCAUUCCAACCAAAUAAUAAUUAUUCGCCACAAAAUUUUCCACAAUAUGAGCCACAAUAUUCUCCACAAUAUUCUCCACAAAAUUCUCCACAAAAUUCUCCACAAAAUUCUCCACAAAAUUCUCCACAAUAUUCUCCACAAUAUUCUCAACAAAGAUUACCAUCAAAUACCCCGAUUCCUGUUUCUCAAUAUAAAAAUCAUCGAUCAAUGCAAGCAAAGACACAUAGACCAAAACCACCAAUUGUUCGAUCCAAAACAUAUUAUGAUGGUCAAUUAGCGUAUUCUGAGUUAAAAGAUCAAUCAAAAGAUUCCCCAAAAAAUGUUCCAAAGAACAUUCCCAUUUCAAAGGAUCCUCCACCUCAAUUGACUGAUAAUCUAAGGGCUUCGACAUUUGAUUUUACAGAAAUUCAUUCUUUUAUUGACCAUUAUUGUGACGAAGGUGAUGAUGAUGUCAAUAAAUCUAUAGAUAAUGAAGUAAAGCCUGGUUCGAUACCCGAAGAAACUAUAAAAAAACGUAACAGAGAAGCCGCAGUUUCAGAGAUUAUUACAACUGAACGAUCAUAUGUUGAUGGUUUGAAAAAACUUGUCACUGUUUUCUUGUUGCCCUUGCAUGAAAACUAUAAGGCCAAUCAAAAGGCCGGUUUAUUAUCAUCAAAGCCUGUAGCCUCUUCUGAAGAUAUAAAUACUAUAUUUGGAAACAUCUCUCCAUUGUUAAAUUUACAUGAACAAUUAUUAAAGUCUCUGGAAGAAAGCGACGUAUUUUUACAAAUCGCACCAUUUCUGAAAAUGUAUACGACAUAUUUGCAAGCAUUUCCUCAUGCAAUAAACACUUUGGAACGUCUUAAUAAAGAAAAUAAAGAAUUCAAAAAAUUUCUCCAGUAUUGUCAAGGAAGACCUGAAUUAGGAGGGUUGCCUUUUAAUUCUUUCUUGAGUCUGCCAAUUCAACGAAUACCACGUUAUAAGUUGUUAUUAGAAGCUUUGUUGAAGCACACUGAUGCAUCGCAUCCGGAUUAUGCAAAUCUUCGGAAAUGCUUUCAACAAAUUGGUGAAGUUGCAGAUGAAGUUAACGAAAAAAUUCGGGAUGCCGAAAAUCAACAAAAAGUAUUGGAAAUUCAAUAUAAAGUUGAAGGAUUGGCAGGAAAUAUAGUAAAUCCGGCCCGAAGAUUCAUUUUUGAAGGCGAUCUGUAUAAAGUUAAUUCAAGAAAUUCAGCAACAAAACCAUUCUAUACGGCAACACAGGAUAUAAGAACACAUUUUUUAUUUAAUAAUUUACUCUUAUUUUGUAUGAAAUAUCAAGGAAAACUUACAUUCAAAGGACAAAUAGAUUUGAACCGAGCAACACUAAAAAAUAUUGAAGAUGAUAUAGCAGAUAAGCCAUACUGUUUUCAAAUAGUUACUAUAACGCCUUCAGGAGAGGCAAGACAUACAGUUCGAUCCACAACUGCAGAAGAGAAAGCUGGAUGGAUGAGUAGACUUGAAUCCGCUUUAUCAGGAUUAAAAAAUGUGAUAAGAGGACCUGAUGCUGGAUUUGUGAAAACUCUUUCAAAAGGAUCACCGAAUCGUUCACCGAGUUCCAAUCGAUUACAAAUACCAAAUUUGUUGCAUCCAUCUGCUGAACCACAAAAAUCUUCAAAUUUUUAUAAACAAACAACUAGAGCAGCUGAUGACUUAUUCAUUAGACCUAAUAAAAAAAAUCAAAAUGAUCAACGAAUGAAGGAAUUAAGGCCUCAAGUAUCACAUGGAAAUUUGAGAAAUGCUGCAUAUAAUUCCCCCAUUUCAAACCAAAUUAAUCAAAUGGAACAACAAAAAACUUUUCAAAAUAACAAACGUCUAAAAACAGAAAAAUCUCAAAAUAUUCAAAAUACUGAAGAUGAUGAAAAAGAUUUUGAGCCUAUCCUUCUCAAAGAUUCAGUUAACAAUAAACGAAAAUUAACACAAAUAAUACAAAUAAAUGAUAGAAAUUUUUUUACUCCUAUAGAAAAAUCAGUAUUAUUUGAUAAAUCGAAAUUUUAUAAUUCAGGAUUUCGGAGAUUAAGUCUACCAAAUAAUAAAUUUCAAGAAUUUAUUACCAAUUAUGCACAUAUUCUUGAUCAAUCAUACUUUAAAUAUAUUGGUCGAAAGAGUAAAAAAUUCAAUCCCCCAGAAUCUUUAAAUUACAGUGAUUAUUUCACAAACAAAUUUAUUAUUGAGAAAGUUAUAGGUUCUGGGGAAUUUUCCAUUGCAUAUAGAGUUAAGGAUAAAAAAACAAAUACCUUAUGUGCAGUUAAAAAACGAAAAGUUCCUUUUGGAUCUCACACUGAAAGAUGUGAAAAUUUAGAGGAAGUGGAAAUUAUGUGGAAAUUAGGAAAUCAUCCCAAUUGCAUUCAACUAUUCGCUGCUUGGGAACAACAAGGAUAUCUUUAUUUACAAACGGAAUUAUGUGAAAAUGGAACCCUUGAAACCUUUUUUAAGAAAAAUAAUAAAUUAAAUGAUUAUCAGAUUUGGAAAAUAUUUACAAACAUCGCAUUUGGUCUUGAACAUAUUCAUAAUUGUAAUGUUAUGCAUUUAGAUUUAAAACCAGGAAAUAUUUUUCAAUCUUCAAAUGGAUCAUUUAAAAUUGGAGAUUUUGGUCUUUCAGCAAGAUGGCCACCUCAUCCUGAUCUUGACAAAGAAGGGGAUUGUCGAUAUAUUUCAUUUGAGGCUUUAAAUAACAAAUACGACAAAUCAACUGAUAUUUAUAGUCUUGGAAUAAUUUUAAUUGAGAUGAUGGAAAAUAUUUCAAUGAGUAAUAAAUUGGCAAAUAAAAUUAGAUUGGGUAAUUUAUCUAAACUUAAAUUUGAAGGUAUGACGGACGAAAUUAUUUUAUUAGCGAAAUCGAUGGUACGAGUCAAUCAUAAGGAACGACCAACUAUUCAACAAAUUGUAAAUACAAUUAAAGAAAAAAGUAUAUAA